AGAGUAACAAGGCGGAAGUGACGGUGCUGAGGGAGCCAGGGCUAAAAUUAGCAUCAGCGGCCCUGUUUGGUGUACUUCGUGGAGGACAACGCCAGAAAUGUUGAAAGAGUUGGUGAGGGAGCGGCUCAUGGCGGCGGCCGAUGAAAUAUUCGAGCUGUUUGAAAGAACGAUCGCGUCGUACGAGGAGGAACUUUCUCGAACGAGAGAGGAGAACGAGCGACAACGACGACAACUGGAGGCUUUUUACAAGAAUCCGAUUGUGCUACCAACGGAACGUAUGUCCGCCGGAUUUCUACUUCAUAUCUUCUUGUCUUCGCAACUCGGACGUCCAAAAGCUGAUUGGUCGUCAAGAGGAACGUCCCACUCAGCAGCAUUCUUUAAUGCGGGGGGGCUGGGGAUCCAAAGUGGAGCCCCCCCAAGUUAAAGACAAAGAGGAACCCCAGCCCCCAUGCGUUAAAGAUGAAGAUGAGGAGCUCUGGAUCACUCAGGAGGGGGAGUGUCUUCUCGGGCCGGACGACGCUGAUCUCAGCAAGUUGCCGCUGACCGUUGUCUCCGUGAAGACAGAAGACGACGGAGACGAGCCACAAGACGUCUUCUUCGCCCCGCUGUCAGACAGUGACGACGCGGCGUCUCACUUUCCUGAGGCUGAAGGCAGAGACGACGGCCAAGAGCCGCUGAGCAGCGAUUCAGACUGCGAGGGCGAGACGAGGACUCACACUCGCCUCAAACACUCUGAAGGCCCUGAGAAGAAGACGGGUAAAAAAUGUUUGACCUGCCCCGUUUGUGCAAAAAGCUUUUCCGAUAAGAGAUAUUUCCCUCUGCACAUGAGAACGCACACCGGAGAAAAACCCUUCAGUUGUUCCAUUUGUGACAAAAGAUUCUCUCAAAAUUCACACAUGCUGUCACACAUGAGAACCCACACAGGAGAGAAACCUUUCAGCUGCUCAGUGUGCAGCGAGAGAUUCUCUAAAAAGUCAAAUAUCGUCAAACACAUGAGAACGCACACAGGAGAAAAACCCUUUAGCUGCUCAGUGUGCGGCGCAAGCUUUGCUCAGAGGUUCACUUUGAAGAGACACAUGACGACGCACACGCGGGAAAAACCCUUUAGCUGCUCUGUUUGCGGCGAAGGUUUCGCCGUGCAGAUGUCUUUGAUUCGACAUCAGAGGACGCACACGGGAGAGAAACCUUUUAGCUGUCCGGUUUGCGAUAAAAGGUUCUCUCAUAAGUCAAACAUGACGGCCCACAUGAGGACACACACAGGAGAAAAAGCCUUUGUUUGCUCCGUUUGUGGGAAAAGCUAUUCUUACAAGACAAGUUUGACAAUACACAUGCGGACACACAAUGGAGAAUAAACAUUUUCCUGGUCGUUUCCAUCUGAACGAUUGUCAUAUCUUGCCUUCUGUGAUCUAUGGGCGGCAGUCAUUACCGAUGGGAGUUUUUUUUAACGCUUAGUUGUGGGUUUCCUGAAGUGUGUGUGAUGUUCUGCUGAUGUUUAUCAUCAAGGGAACGGAAAUGCAAUUAUAUGCUUCAUGGCCAAUCAGAUGACGAGGUUAUUAACAGCAGUCUAAAACAUGUUUGUGGUGAUUCCAUAUAUCACUGUAAUAAAACUCACAAU